AUGGCUUCCUACUCACGAUUGCCUGGUGCUCUCGUCUUUUUUUUGUUGUACCUUCAAUGUUUUUGUAAUGUGGUCAGGGGUCAGGGCCAAACACUCCCUGGAUUUGGAGAUACAGUUCAAAUACUUGGAGGUAUGGAACGUACAGACCAAGAUUUCCAAGACGGCCUCACUCUCGACAUCCUAUCCCCUAAGAACCGCACCGUCGUCGUAACCCAGAACAAAGCACCCCUCUCCUCCGUCUACAUGGAAGGCACCACAGGCGGCCCCUUUGUCCCCUUAUCCAACUACUCCUAUAUCAUCAAGACGAGCGACCAAGCCGCCGACCUCAUUGCCAAAAUCGAAAUCCCUUACGAUCCCGCCGUACUUGCACAACAAGGCAUCCAAGAGUCCAACACCUACGUCGCUUCACUAGCCCCUGACGGAAAAGCAUGGAUCGUAAAUGACUCCACGCGCAACGUGCAUCGCAGCGAGAACAAUACCCGUAUCGUCAAGAUGACCUCCAUAGAAGGCGAGUAUAUAAUCGUCGGGCGUAAGAGUGUUGAUUCCGCCAAUAUUUUCGUGCAGUACGGUCAAGGCGAUACACGGACGGUUAAUUUCACAGGGGGAACGGGCAACCAGUGCGCGGAGUUUAUCGACGGGAUGCGCUUCACUGUGAAGACGGACCAGGAUUUGAAGAUGAAUGUUGCGAUUAAGGAGGGCGUUAAUCCGGGUACGCUGCCGGCCAAUACGGUGUCCUUGAACUCAUUCAUGUGGAUCGUUAAUACGAGUGCGCCGUUUUCAAAGGUAGACGCUGAGAUGGAUAUUCCUUUCAACAGGAAAAUGCUCGUUGCGAUGAGACCAGAUGGCUCUUCACCGUCGACUAUGCUACAGGUUGGCAGACGCGCGCUCAAUGCUACUAGUGGGACUUUCUUGCCUCUUAACCGGGACGCACAGUAUGUGAGGGAGUUGCCAGAGGACAGGAUUGUCGUACCUCAAGUGAAUCAGUUAGAUGGACAGUACAUCAUUUUGGUUGGGCAGCCGAAGGCAGUUGGUGAAACCCUUCCUCAAGCAGCAAUUAUAAAGCCCGGGAAGAGAAAUUCGAAGAGGAGAGAGAGGAGGAGGUGGAUACCUGGUUUCUAG